UUUUCUGAUACUCGGUGUCAGUUUUGAAAUGCGAUUGAUGAUAUGUGGUGUUGAAAAUAAGCUUUGCACCAUAGCGGAAAAAUUUCUGUGGAAGAUUUUGUAGCUUCUCUAUCGCGUAGUUUUGAUGACACAUCGAUGUGCAAAUUAAUGGGCGCCUCAAUUUCGCUAACACGCCAAUUUCGAAAAUGACCUGCGUAGAAUCGGGAAAGUUCGGCUCGAUGCAUGAUUUGAUUCCUAAUGAAUAUGCAAUGCAGACUGAGCUCGGUUCGUCCACGGUGUACAUAUUCUUUUUUCGGUAGAAACCUUCGAUUAGUAUUUAGGCGUAUGCCCGACAGUGGUGUUACAAGCAGUUCAAUAAAGUUCUUUCUUGUAGUUUCUAAAUUGGUACUACUGUCGAACCGGGCGUUAGCAAACGUAUUAAGUGAUUCAAAGUGAUCCGGAAACUUUGGGGUGAUUAGGGCAACCAAAGAUGGGCGACACUAAGGCUAAGUCAAUUUACGACUUCACUGUAACGAAUCUGAACGGAAAUGAUGUGAACUUGAGCGUGUACAAAGGAACCGUGUGCCUGAUACUGAACUUUUCCACCAGAGAUCCGACAUGUGAAAAAGUGUUCUCAAUGUUAGCUCCCCUUUACAAAAAGUUUCAUAACGAAACCAAACAAGAUCUGAACAUUCUUCUGUUUCCAAGUUUCCAAUUCGGUGCCAAGGAAUCGACAAGCGAUAUUCUAAGUUUCUUUGAAAAGAACAACGAACUUCUAGUGGGAGAUGUUUUUGCUGAGAUCGAAGUCAAUGGCUCCAAAUGUAUCGAUUUGUAUAAGUUUUUGAAACAGAAGAAACCGGGAAAUUGUGGAGGCUUCAUCAACAGUAAUUUUACAAUCUUUCUAACAGACCGAAACGGCAUACCAGUUGAGCGGCUUGGAGCUAGCGUACAUCCUUAUCUUAUCGAGGAACUGAUAGAGCAAUAUUGCGGAUGAACCUGGCCGGUAUUGUGUACGUGAAAUAAAUGUGAAUCUUUUCCUAAGAGCAUUUGAAAUCAUUUGAAAAAAUAUAAAUGUGAU